AAUAGCUAACCAUUUCUUAAAAUAUACUACAUAUGUAUGUUAAUAUCAUUUAAAUUUAACUAUAUACAAUAGAAAAUGGGUAAAUUUGAUUGUUUUGAUUUAUUUUUUAUAAAAAGAUUGUUAAUAAAACAAGUGAUUAUUUUGAUUACGCAUUUGUGCCAAUUAAAUUAUAUGUAAUAGUUAUCUGCUUCUCUAUUAUUCAAAAUAUAUUUAUUAUUUUAUAAUAUGUAAAAAAUGCAAAAUAAAUAAUAGUGUACGUAAAAUGAUUUAUAUUCCGAAAACAACGAAUAAUGUGUUGAAGCCAAGGAAGGAUUCAUACUUUGACAGUUUUCACAUCCAAUCGUCCAUAUCUAAUUUGGAAAAUUAGAUCACACAAAUUCCAUUGUUUUUUUUUGUGAACGAUAGAUAGUACAACUUUGAAGAGAACUAAGAAACUAAGAAAAAUGAUUAUGGGGCAUUCAUUUAUUUCUUUUAUUUUGGAGUAAUUUAUCUUUAAUUUAGUAAAAUUAAAAACUGUAUAUAUCACUAUAUUCUUUCAAAGUAUGUCAUUAAUUUUUGUAAUAGUAUGUCAUUAAUUAAGUUAUUUAAAUAAAUAUAAAUAAAUUAUAGUAAAAAGAUUUGAAAAAUGAAAAUGUUAUCUUCGAAACAUUAUUUCUUCAGGGAUAGUUUACUAUUUUAAAUGUAGUGAUCUAGUUUUUUAAAAGUAAUAUAAUUCAACAAAUUAGAAAGAAACAUAUAUAUCAUACUAUGGGAAAUAAAUCUCAAAGUUUGAUUAUCAUUUUACAAUUUUAAAUUUUUAAAGAAAAAGUAGAUUUCUUGGAGCCAAAAUUUUUAAAUACACUUAAUCAAAUAAAUGCCACAGGCGCACAAAGAAACUUUUCAAAUUGAUACAAUCUUCCGGUGCAACCUUAAUUUACCAUAAUAUCUCACAACAAAGACCUUCUUUCAAGUGUUUAUUUAAAUAACUGAGAGAUAGGUAAUGGUAUGCUUUUGUGUUCAAAGAAAAAAAAAGAAAGGGUAAUGGUGUGAUUGACUGAGAGAAGUUAUAGAUCUCAUUCAUUGUCAAAAGCACCAUUGUUCUCUUUGAAAACUCGACAAAUUAACUAUGCCUCGACUUGUAAACCAGUCAUCUGUCGAUGAGAAUAUUGCAAUGUUCUUACAAUUUGGGUUAUCAGAAGAUUCAGACCUGACGGUUAAUGAUGAUGUUAUUGCUCGCGAAAUUCAACAACAAUAUCAAAAUAACUCGACAUUUGAAGAUGCUGCUAUUGCUUAUGAGAUUCAGCACCAAGAAGAAGAUUCAGACCUGACGGUUAAUGAUGAUGUUAUUGCUCGGGAAAUUCAACAACAAUAUCCAAAUAAUUCUGACCUGACGGCUAAUGAUGAUGUGAUUGCUCGGGAAAUUCAACAACAGUAUCAAAAUAAUUGGACAUAUGACGAUACUGCUAUUGCUUUGGAGAUUCAGAAACAAGAAGGUAAUCUACCUACUUCUCUAAGCGAUGAUGAAAAACUUGCUAGAUAUUUGCAGCAACAAGACGAAUCGGCAAAUAGCACGGAUGAAGAUAUACACGGGAACAAUUCAUACAUACCUGAACGUGAUGCUCCCUCGACUAGUAGAACAAUUAUUCAACAUGAUGAUGAUGAUCACUUCUCGGGUCAUCAUACACAUACUAGCACCCGGUCAAAUAGCUCAUCAAUUAGCUCCCUUGAUCUUUCUACUAAUGAGAACACUGAUCCCGCAAAUAUGACGUAUGAGGAAUUGAAUGAGUUAGAAGACUCCAUGGGAAAUGUUGAUAGAGGUUUAUCGCAAAGAAGGAUUUUAAAAUUACCGACAUAUAAAUAUGGUGCGGAAACCAAAACUUGCUGCUGGCAAAUCAAGAAAAAGAAGUUCAUCGCAACUGAUACUCAGUGUUCGAUAUGUCUAGUUGACUAUGUGAUGGGGGAUAAAAUAACAACAUUGCCAUGUAAACAUAUCUACCACAAGGAUUGCAUUUCACAAUGGUUGAAACAAAGCAAGGUAUGAACAAAAACUAGUUUUUUUUUUAAAGAUGGAUGCAUGCAUAUUAUGUUAUACUCCCUCCGUUUUUUUAUAUUUGACGUUUUCGAGAAAUAUUUGUGUUCCAAAUUAUUUGAUGUUUUCCAAAUUAUUUGAUGUUUUCAAUUUUCUAGGUAAAAUUUAUUAAUAAUUUAUACAAGAUGACCAAUGCUAUUAUAGUUUCUAUUUUAUUAUUGGUUGAAUAGUGGUUAGGUAAACAAUUAACGAUGUUUUUGUUUAGAAAAUUAAUUGUUUCUUAAUCUAUGUGCAUAAUUCUAAAACGUCAAAUAUAAAAAAACGGAGAGGAUAUUUUUGUUGCAUGUGAAUUUUUUUUUUUUUGCUAAAAUUUGGUGCAUGCCAAAGCUAUUCUCUGUUAAUUAAUAGUAAUAAUAUUAUGUAUGCAGGUAUGUUGCGUUUGCAAAGCCGAGGUUUAAUCCCUAAUGUUGGUUUCAGUAAAAAUUUAAUCCCUAAUUUUAGUUCUUGUUGGACUAUAAUGUUGAUCAAUCAAUAUUGUUUAGAUUUAAAAUUUAUUUGUCGUGCAAUCACCUCCCCUAUGUAUAAUUUUCAAUUGUUAAUUUAGAUAAAUACUUAUGCAUGCGUGAGUUUAUAUAUACAUGUCAAACAAGUAUUUAAGUUUAAUGGCUUCUUUUUUUUUGGCAUUUUGUAUUGUUGAUAUGAAAUAUUAAAAUGUAAAAAUUAAAACAUAAUUACUCUAACAUAAAGGUCAAACAAUAAACACUACAAAAAGUCCACAUUGAUAGCAUAUUUGUCAUAGCUCGUUUUACUGAACUGCUAUCGUAGAUGAUUUAGGAAUUUUAGUAUCAUAUAAUAGCGUUAGAUAAACAUUAUGAUAGAGUUUCAGUAAACAGAAACCUAAAAUUAGGUUCUUCGCGACACACUUAGUGAAAAUUACCAAAAUAAUCACUUUCCCUGUCAUCUCAACUCUCAUUCCCUCUCUCACCUCUAAUUUUUUCCUCUUUGUCUUAGAACCAUAAGAAAAAGGGGGCUCAAUUCUACAUCUCUAGACCACAAAAUCGCUUCUCCCAUCCACCAAUUAAGGUAGAGACGCAUAGCCAUUGAUCGACUUUUCCACUGCUGAAGGUAUCGCCGGUCGUAAUUGCGACAUCCUUCUCAAUAGUGAGCUCAAAUCGAAGACAUGUAUUUUUGCUUUGAUUUCCCGUUUUCUUUAUGUUUGCCUUUUAUCUAUACUAUUUCUUCGACUGUCCUAGCUUUGUAGUUAUAUCUUUUUUGAUUUAGAGUUUUGAGAUUUAUUUCUUAAAAUUUUGUUUGCUUUUUGUCUUCAUUUUUGUUGUAGUUAUAUGUUUGGUAUCAUGCUUUACAUGCUUAUAUGUGUUUGACAGGGUGAUUGACAUUGUUGAUUUCUAGUGAUAUUUAGUCUCAGAAUGAAUUAUCGAGACUAAAUAUAUUGAGUUACCAUCUAGGACAAGUUUUCUGUUAUUUUGUCUGAAUUUGUGUGAAUUUACUAUGAAUUUGAGUGUUGUGUGGUCUGAAUCUGAGGACAAGUUUUCCAAAAAUCUUUAUUUAACUAUGAAAUGGUUAUUUAUUUAACUAAAGGUUUCAAUUAAGGUUAUAACAUAGAAUGGUUGACAAAGCAUGUGUGCAUCUUAGCAGGUAAUGAAUUUAAUGGUAUAAGUUAGGUUUCAGUAGGUGUUUAGGGACUUAAAUUGUUUUUUUUUUUUCCUUUUCAUUCUGAAUCGAAAAGUUGAUCCUUAUGAGAGAGAGGCUUCAAAGUUUGUACAAGAUGUGGCUGCAUCUUUGUGAGGGAUUGAUAUGAUUGCAUGUCCUUGUAUUAAUUGUCGUAAUAUUGAUCGUCACUCAGGAAGUGUGGAAGUUGACCAUCUGGUUACUAGGGGAAUGAAGGAGGCUUAUAAGAUGCGGCAUGAUUGUUAUCUACAUGGAGAAUUAAACUCAGGGGUUGCAGGUGAAAGCAGAGGAAGUCACUGGAAUGAAGAGAUCUUUGGGUUAUACAGAGCUGCUGAAUGUUUUGAUGAAGCGUUAGUUGGUACGGGGAAUUUUUCUAAGAUGGCAGAGGGAGAGGACAAGAAAUAAAAUGAGUUAUUGCCAAAGCUAGCUGAUACUGAAACACCUUUGUAUCCGAGCUGUGCAAACCAUAGCAAAUUAUCUGAAUUUUUUUUAUUAUUUAGAUUGAAGGAGUUGACGAUGAGGAGAGAGGAAGAGGAGCAAGGCGAUGUAAACAGCGAUGUCGUGAGGCGAUGUGAAACAGCGAUGUGGUGAGGGCAAUGAGAGCAAGUGGUAGAAGCUAAUGGGCUAUGAAAAAGUGAGAGGGCUGAUGGGUGAUGAAAUGGAGAGAGUGUGAGAAGAGGGAGUGAAAGAGGCUAAUGAGAAGAGGAGAGAGGAGAGAGGAGAGAGAAUUGUGAUGAUUGAUAUCUUGCAUAUUUACAUGUUUUUAGCCAUCAUAUCUUGUACAUUCUGAUCAUAAAGAUUAGGAAUUAGGCAUCUUUAGAAUCCAUAGUGCAUGCAUUGUCUUUAUUAGGUGUUGGAGAGUGCUAUGGAGUUAUUGGAGAUGUUUGGGAGCAUUGUGAUUCAAAAAGAAGUAGAAAAUGAUCAUUGGGAGAGUAGAGGAGCUGGAGCGACCUACUGGAGCGAGGUGAGCAACCCGCUCUAACCUGGAGCGACCUCUCGCAGCGACAUCAUCAACCCGCUCGGCAUCCCGUCGACAACUUUCGAGAACCGGAGUGACCAAGACGGAGCGAGGUGGGUACAUCGCGCGCCAAAUCCAUGAAGUGUGAAGGAAGCCGGAGCGACGUCCCAGAGCGAGGUGGUGAACCCGCUAUGAAGCUGAAGCGACCCACUGGAGCGGGGUCACGAACCUGCGCGCAAGAUCUAUAUUUGGUCGAUUUUUCAUGUUUUGCUAGACCUUCUCAGACUUGUUUUUGAGGCCCACUAGGUAUUUAGAAGUCCUAUAAAUACUCUCUAAACCUAAAAUUAGGACUAAUCUUGUUUUCUAUCUAAUCAAAAGCCAUUUUUGGGAAAAAGAUCUAAUCUUGAUCAUAAUUUCUUAUCUU